AUUAAACAUUGCAUUUAACGGUUGUUUAAAAUUCAAAUUUCUCAAUUUUUAUUCAGUUGUGUUGAAAAACGCGUUAAAGAUGAGCGUUUCAACUUUAAAACAGAUUUUUGAUCAAAAACUAGGCGAAGCAGAAACGGCAACAACAACAACAAUACAAGCUAGUGCAACAACAACAUUAACAAACUCGCCGACGAAAUCAAAACUUUUAGUUGCAAACGUUCAGCAGAACAGUACACAUGAAAAAGUCGUGGUUAAUAAUAGUAAUAGCUGUAAUAAUGCGUCGCGCUUGAAAAGUAAUCAACAGCUACAGAGUUUUAAUAAAAAAUCAUUUGAUAAAGACAGUAAUAGCAAUUCAGCAGUUAGUUCCGCGCAUAAUAAUAAAAUUGAGGACAAUUGGGUGAGUCAUCAUCGAGCGCAUAACAAAAUGGUUGCAAAACAGGAAAUUGAAAUAGAACCAAAUGUGCAUGCUGAGAACGAUGAGGAUUUUAAAUACGGUCCCGGUUUUGUGAGUAAAUUAAAGUGCAAAUAUUUAAGUUUGACACUUCGGCAAACGUCUGCAAACAAACAACGACCGUCUAUACUUGAUUUGAGACGUUCGACAAGUCUAAAUAAUUUACUCGAUGAAGAUGAGAAUGAAGACGAUGAUGUUGAACAACUUGACGAAGUGACAGACAUCAAAUUACAUGAUAAAAAUUGCAUUAGCAACGAUAAAGUGUAUCAUGAGAACUUGAAAAACAACAAUCGUAAUGGUAUAGACAGUCAUAAAACAAUGACCAAUUCCUAUCCAAUUCCCGAUGCGCCACAACAUCAACACAUUCGCUCGAGUCGUUCGAUCGAUAAAAAUUUAAAUUUAAAACGUGCACGAUCAGUUGAGGCAAUUUUACGAUACGAUCAUUCAUCCUGGGAGCGUGACAUGCAAAAGGAUCAAUUAAUUCACCAUCGUCAACAGCAACAACAAUUUCAUCGUCAUAGUGUCGAUAGUGAUAAUAGUGACGUAAAAGUAAAGUCUCAUGAUGUUACAAUUGAGGAUAAAAUACACAAUGCUCGUGAACGAUCAUACAACUUGCCACCAAAACGUUUAACAUCACUUAUUGAUGAUGGGGAAAGGCCUCCCGCUGGCAUUUGCAAACAAACGAUGAGAAUUUUUGAGGCUUCCGCACACAAGAAACGUAAUUCAGCGAGUCGACCGAUAGGUCAGGAGAUUGCAAAUAAGAUGGCCAUGUUUAAGUGUCAGGAGAAGCCAGCGAUAAGUGCGAAGAAACCAAAUAUUGUACCCCGUACAUCUAGUCCGAAGCCAAUUAAUCAUUUUAAUCAAGUCAGUAACAAUACCAGCAGUAGCAGUAUCAAUAGUAAUAACUGUAAUAAUAGUAAUAAUCAUAAUAAUGCAAUGAAUAAUAGUGAGAAAUAUGCUAAAUUUGCGAAAGAGAAAACUGUGCUGCCCAAACUUGACAUAAACAUUAUAAAGAAUAAUUUAGAGACGAAAUCAUCGUCUCCACAUAGUGGAAGUUGGUCGCCAGCUGAUAAUAAGGAAGCUUAUCGUAUGCGAAAUGAUUACUCGCCAGUCAAUUCUGACUCGUCAAUUUCAUCAAGUUCUAAUAUUAUGUCACCAUAUCGGAACUCAAUGUCACCGCCAUUUGUCAAUGAGGGAUCUUAUAAGAAAAUAUCUGGAUCAAAUGAUCCAACAUCCCCGAUCAUGUCCUCACUAUCAAAUAAAUUGAGUAACUUACAUAUGGAUGUAACAACGUCAACGCCGAAAUCAUUCAAGAACAAUAAUCUACUUAAAACCAUCGAUGAUUCAGACAUUGAUGUGAAUGUUGAUAAGGUUGACACGAUAAGUGAUAACAAAAUUAAAAAUAAUGUGAUUGUCGAACUUAAAGGUAGUGAAUUGAAAAGUGUAAACGAUGAUAUAAGUUCUGUGAGUUUAAUUUCAAAAGUUAUUACCAAUAAUAAUAAUAAUUUGUCGGGUGUCACAUCGACCACAGCACCAACAAAAGUGAAUUAUGAGAAAAAUAUAACUGCGAAUGCUAGUGAAGUGGUAAACAAUGGUGAAUUAAAGACAGUUAAGGAAAAUUUUGUUGUGAUUACGAAACCGACGACAAAACCACCGCCCCCUCCACCGCAAGUUCCAGCAAGAAAUAUCAAUAACAAUACCACGGUGAUGACAAAGUCCCGUGAUAAUAACUUAAUUAUUAAUAAUAAUAGUGACAAAAGUUCCUUAAACAGUGAUAGUGAGUCAUCGUCAUCAUCGUCAUCGUCAUCAAAUUCAAAUACACAAUCUACGACAAAAUGGGCAGUGAAAAAGAAAUCCUGGUCAUCACAAGGCGAUGAUCAAUCAUCAAAUUCAAUUGUAUUUAAUUUUAGUGAUAGGAAAGACGUUCCCGAUUAUAUCGAACAUGACGGUCUCAUUCUCAGACGAAAGCGUGAAUUGCCGAAGCCAAAUGAGUCUGGUUUCGUGCUAUUGGGUGAUCUAACAUUAGAUUCAUCAACGGAUCCCGAAGAUCAAUAUCAAAUGGGUCCUGCCUCACCUUGUGAUGUCGAAUUUGAGAAUGCAAAUGUCAUACCAAAUGGCAAAUCGAGUAUAAGAACGCGCGUUAAGGAAGUAAAGUUCAAAAUUCAAUUUGACGACUCACUAACGGCUACGUACGAAUAUCCAUCAGAAUCAUCGCUGGUGAUUGAUGAGACUUUCGGUGAUUGCGAUGAUGAAGUGGAUGCAAACUUUUAUGGGCGAUCAAGUUCAUCGAAAUUAUUGACCUCAGUGCCAUUGGGUUCAACACCAUUUGCCAAUUACCAACCACAGAAAGCGAGUUCAUCAUCCUUUGAGCUGGGAAUAACCAGAACAACGCCUUCACCAUCAUCCACAUCAGGCUCAUCAUCAUCCGAAGACAAUACAUUCAUAUCGAAUCCAGACGACGAUGAAGACUACCUUAAACCCGCAACAGAUGCUGAAAGUCAUCGAUGGAGUAGCGAGGAAACACGCGGAACCGACUUAUUAUUCUAGACGACAAACAAAACAAAAAAAAAAACAUUUAAAAAUGACAUUAAUUAACUUCAUAUUGCAUUGCAUUUAAGAGAGAAGUAAUUGUAAGCAGUUCUUUGUGGCAUUUUUCCUGACUAUAAUUUAUUAUUUUGAUUGCUAAAUACCUGUUUGUGUGAUGAAAUAAUUUUUUUUUGUUUUUAUUUCCCUCGUUUUCCCUCUCGACUCUCGAUGUUAGAAAGUUAUUUUUAAGUUUUUCAUCAUCAUUAUUUGAUUUUUUUUAUUGAUAAAAUCAAAAAAAAAAUAACAAAACAAAAAAUAAAUUUGCGUAAUUUUCAUCAGCUGGGUACCGCUACUGUAUUUUAUUGUUGUUGCUGCUAUUAUGCAUUGUGAGCAAGGUAAGUGAACGACGCUCACAACUACAUAGCACAUCAAUAGAAGCCCGUAACGGAAAUAAACAUUAUUGAAUAGCAUUAGGAAAUGCAAACAGCUGGGGGGGGGUCAUAUGUGAAUGAUGUUCAUUAACCAUUAAGUGCAGACCCACUUCUCAUCUCCUGUCACUAUAAGUUAAUUUUGUAUAAAAGUGUCAAUGACAGACAACCCAAUAGGGUGGUGGGGCAAAAAAAAAAUUGACAUUAUUUAUGAACGCCCCCACCAGAAAUUACGCAAAUUCUUGUUUUGUUUUUUUCUUUAUUUUUAUUAUUUUUUACUUUUAAUUUGUAUAAUGUGAUUCUUUUGUAAUUAAAACAAACAAAAAUUAAACAACAAAAAAAAAUUUCACGUUCCAAGGAGAAAAAAAAAUUUGAUUUUUUUAAGUUAAUUUUUAAAAAAUUUGUAUUUUAAUUAAAUUGUACACAAAAAACACACAUUCUGUAUGCCCUCUAAUGUUAUAAACGAUAUUUCUUGCUAAUUAUUAAGGUGUUAUGAAAUUCAUGCCUACAUAUAUUAUUGACCAGACGUUUUACUGCCGUGUGUGAAUGCCGUAUUAUUGUAACGCUGAAUGUAGAACAUUUUUUUAAAAAAAAAAUCAUAAAUUUCGAGACAUUUUUAACAUUCCUAUUCUGGGGAGACGAAAAUGUGUAGCUGAUUGUGACUGUCUAAUCAGUCAUAUGACUAUCAAUUAUUGCUCAAUAUCACUUAUAAAUUUUAUAUUGAUGUCGCUUAUAGAGUAUCAUCAUCAAUUUUAGUAACCAGGGUUGUUGUGGUGGAUUUUAAUGGAAGUAGCAUUAAAGAUGUGAGGAUUUUUUGUGGAAUUUCGAGUCUUUGAACUUAAUGGAUGCAUUUUUAAGGUUCUCCGAGGAUAUCUUGUCAUCUAUGUCAAUGUUGACUUAAAGGCUAUUUAAGCUUGGAUAUUAAGAAUUCUGGACCAAUCUAAAAUAAAUUACCAAAAUCAUAAGAGGUUUAACAAUAUAAGACACUAUGAUCAGCAAGAUUUUCUCUUCAGCUAGCUUACUAACCCAACCGAAACCUACGUUAUGUCAAUUUCAAAUCAAAAACACGUUUUACACACUUGCUAAUCGCUACACUGGCUAAUGAUGUAUCCAGAAUAUCCAACUCCUCAACUAGAUCAGUAAAUUCUAAACUGGUGUAUCGCAGACAAAUUUGAAAAAUAUCUCGUAUGGUUUUUGUCAUGGCUUACCAUCAAGGUGUGUUACCUGGCAAAAAGGUUUGAAAGAAACUGAGCUAGAUGCUUAGAAUCGAGACUUAAAAUCUUGGAAUUACUCACAAUAAUUUUGGCUAGGAACCAAAGCAUUAUAUAUUAUAAAUUGUACCCGAAAAGCACAAGUCGGUUAAUCGAUCAGAAAUCUGGCACCAAGCUAGUGUGACUCUGGCAUGGUGCUGGCUUCGAUAUAAAUCCAGCACCAUGUCAGUGGCACACUGGCUUAGUGCCGGUUUUCUGAUCAAUUACCUGAUUUGUGUUAUUCGGGGUAAUCGACGCUGUUUAAGUCAAUUCGAGUAAAUUUAUCAUACAAAAAUAUAUUUAACUGGACUUAACUCGACUUUGAGCUCUGGUUAAUGCUUGAGCCCUGAGGACAUUUGACAGCUACUUGAAAACUUCUCAAAGUUCGAAGUUCAAGUAGAUUCUGUAUGAUACCUAAUAGAUUCCUAAGUCAAUUUUGGGGUUGCUCAGAAUAGACUUCAGUAUAAAGCUAAGAGACUGAGAAGAGCAUUUAACAUAUUUUUAUGACUGCUAUAAGGAGCUUGACAAAGAGGUUGGGAUGGCUGGGUUACCCUUUUUUUGAAAAAUUUUUGUUCAAUUUCCUUGAGUUUUUGAGGAAACCCAUCAACAUGUUCUUAUCCACACAGAAAAUUCAACCCCCACACUUUUUCUGGCUACUCUCUUGAUUGCUUUAAAUGACAAAAAAAAAUAAAUAAUUCGUUUAUAUAAAGCUAGCUUCUCAAUCAGCAGCAUAUAGACAGCAACAUAAAUUAAAAACUUAAAAAUCCACACAAAAAAAUCCAUUAAUCCAAAAUACACCCCC